AUGGUAUCAUUGAUACUCAAACAAGCCCUUCAACGAACAUGUAGUUUUAGUCGAUCAACUUUUCGAUAUGCCUCUUCAUCGCCCGUUGUUCAACGACAUAUUAUUCAAGAAGAUGAUGUGACACGACCAAGAAACGAUAAUAACAGUACACCGAUCACACCAGAUGACCCAAUGAAUCACGAUGAUUAUUUCAAUGUCCGUUCAAUGGUCACACUCGAAGAUCUUUUCAAAAAUCGCGCACAUUAUGGUCAUGUCACUGGAAUGAGAAAUCCUUGGAUGUCUCAGUACAUCUAUGGCCAUCGACUAGAUGUGGAUAUCAUCGAUUUAGACAAAACGUUACCAAUGCUUCAUUCAGCAUUGAACUUUCUUGCCCAUAUUGCUUAUCGUCAAGGUAUUAUUUUGUUUCUCACACGGUAUCCAGCUCAUGUACCGUUGGUUGAACGCGCCGCACGUGAUUGUGGUGAAUAUGCACAUUGUCGAACAUGGGAUCACCCAUUUACGAACACCCAAACAUUAUUCGGAUAUGAUAUUCGUCUACCAGAUGUAUGCAUCUUCACUCAUACAUUGGCACCACCAAAUCAACUCCAUCCAGCCAUAAGCGAUUCAAAUAAACUGUUAAUACCAACGAUUGCAUUGUGCGACACAGACUGUAAUCCAAACAUUAUCACAUAUCCAGUUCCAAGCAAUGAUGAUACAACGAAACUAGUUGAAUUCUAUUUGACAUUGUUUCAGCAAGCCAUCAUGGCUGGAAAAGAGAAAAGACGUGAAAAGGAUUCGUCUAAUUAG